UGCGGGCUGCCGCCCAGGCGUGGUGCGGCCUCCGCUCAGGCGGGGGGCGUAGGCGCGCGGAGCCAGCCAUGGCCGCGUCCGAGCUCUACACAAAGUUUGCCAGGGUUUGGAUACCUGAUCCAGAGGAAGUCUGGAAGUCAGCAGAGCUGCUCAAAGAUUAUAAGCCAGGAGAUAAAGUCCUCCUGCUUCAUCUCGAGGAAGGAAAGGAUUUGGAAUAUCGUUUAGAUCCAAAGACCAAGGAGCUGCCUCACUUACGAAAUCCUGACAUACUUGUUGGUGAAAAUGACCUCACAGCCCUCAGCUAUCUUCAUGAGCCUGCUGUGCUCCAUAAUCUCAGAGUCCGCUUUAUUGAUUCCAAACUUAUUUAUACAUAUUGUGGUAUAGUCCUAGUAGCUAUAAAUCCCUAUGAACAGCUGCCUAUUUAUGGAGAGGAUAUUAUUAAUGCAUACAGUGGUCAGAACAUGGGUGAUAUGGAUCCACAUAUCUUUGCAGUAGCUGAAGAAGCUUACAAGCAAAUGGCCAGAGAUGAACGAAAUCAGUCUAUCAUUGUAAGCGGAGAGUCUGGGGCAGGGAAAACAGUUUCAGCUAAGUAUGCCAUGCGAUACUUUGCAACUGUGAGUGGUUCUGCCAGUGAGGCCAAUGUGGAAGAAAAGGUCUUGGCCUCCAACCCCAUCAUGGAGUCCAUUGGAAAUGCUAAAACAACCAGGAAUGAUAAUAGCAGCCGUUUCGGGAAGUAUAUUGAGAUUGGUUUUGAUAAGAGAUAUCGAAUCAUUGGUGCCAAUAUGAGAACUUAUCUUUUAGAGAAAUCCAGAGUGGUGUUCCAGGCAGAAGAGGAGAGAAACUAUCAUAUCUUCUAUCAGCUUUGUGCCUCAGCAAAGUUACCUGAAUUUAAAAUGCUACGAUUAGGAAAUGCAAAUGACUUUAAUUACACAAAACAAGGAGGCAGUCCUAUGAUUGAAGGAGUGGAUGAUGCAAAGGAGAUGGCACACACCAGGCAGGCCUGCACUUUGCUAGGAAUUAGUGAAUCUUAUCAAAUGGGAAUUUUCCGAAUACUUGCUGGCAUCCUUCACUUAGGCAAUGUUGGAUUUACAUCCCGAGAUGCAGACAGCUGCACAAUACCUCCCAAGCAUGAACCUCUCUGCAUCUUCUGCGAUCUCAUGGGUGUGGACUAUGAAGAGAUGUGUCACUGGCUCUGCCAUCGGAAACUGGCUACUGCCACAGAGACAUACAUCAAGCCCAUCUCCAAGCUGCAGGCCACAAAUGCUCGUGAUGCUUUGGCCAAGCACAUCUAUGCCAAGCUCUUUAACUGGAUUGUAGAUCAUGUCAAUCAGGCUCUCCAUUCUGCUGUCAAACAGCACUCUUUUAUUGGUGUGCUGGACAUUUACGGAUUUGAAACAUUUGAGGUAAAUAGUUUUGAACAGUUUUGCAUAAAUUAUGCAAAUGAAAAACUACAGCAACAAUUCAAUAUGCAUGUCUUCAAAUUGGAGCAAGAAGAAUAUAUGAAGGAACAGAUUCCCUGGACACUCAUAGAUUUUUAUGAUAAUCAGCCUUGUAUUAAUCUUAUAGAAUCUAAACUAGGCAUUCUAGAUUUGCUGGAUGAGGAAUGCAAGAUGCCUAAAGGCACAGAUGAUACCUGGGCCCAAAAAUUGUACAACACACAUUUGAACAAAUGUACACUCUUUGAAAAGCCUCGUCUAUCAAACAAAGCUUUCAUCAUCCAACAUUUUGCUGACAAAGUGGAAUACCAGUGUGAAGGAUUUCUCGAAAAGAAUAAAGACACCGUUUUUGAAGAACAAAUUAAAGUUCUUAAAUCAAGCAAGUUUAAGAUGCUACCAGAACUAUUUCAAGAUGAUGAGAAGGCCAUCAGUCCAACCUCAGCCACCUCUUCAGGGCGCACGCUCCUCACACGUGCUCCUGCAAAGCCCACCAAAGGCAGACCAGGCCAGAUGGCCAAAGAGCACAAGAAAACAGUGGGGCAUCAGUUCAGAAACUCCCUGCACUUGCUUAUGGAGACACUCAAUGCCACUACCCCUCACUAUGUGCGCUGUAUCAAGCCUAAUGACUUCAAGUUCCCAUUCACGUUUGAUGAGAAGAGGGCAGUGCAGCAGCUGAGAGCAUGCGGUGUCCUGGAAACUAUCCGAAUCAGUGCGGCUGGUUUCCCCUCACGAUGGACUUACCAAGAAUUUUUCAGCCGCUACCGUGUCCUAAUGAAGCAGAAAGAUGUGCUGAGUGACAGAAAGCAAACAUGCAAGAAUGUGUUAGAGAAACUGAUACUGGACAAGGACAAAUACCAGUUUGGUAAGACAAAGAUCUUUUUCCGUGCCGGUCAAGUUGCCUAUCUAGAAAAAUUGAGAGCAGACAAACUGAGGGCUGCCUGCAUCCGGAUCCAGAAGACCAUCCGUGGGUGGCUGCUGAGGAAGAAGUACCUACGCAUGCGGAAGGCGGCCAUCACCGUGCAGAGAUAUGUGAGGGGCUACCAGGCUCGAUGCUAUGCUAAGUUUCUGCGCAGAACCAAGGCAGCAACUAUCAUUCAAAAGUACUGGCGUAUGUAUGUGGUCCGCAGGAGGUAUAAGAUUAGACGAGCUGCCACUAUCGUUCUUCAGUCUUAUUUGCGAGGCUUCUUGGCCAGAAAUAGGUAUCGCAAGAUACUCCGUGAGCACAAAGCAGUCAUCAUUCAGAAGUGGGUGCGGGGUUGGCUGGCCCGCAUGCACUACAAGAGGAGCAUGCAUGCCAUCAUCUACCUUCAAUGCUGCUUCCGGCGGAUGAUGGCCAAGCGCGAGUUAAAGAAGCUCAAAAUCGAGGCUCGCUCAGUAGAGCGCUACAAGAAGCUGCACAUUGGCAUGGAGAACAAGAUCAUGCAGCUGCAGCGCAAAGUCGAUGAGCAGAACAAAGACUACAAAUGCCUCAUGGAGAAACUGACCAAUCUAGAAGGAAUAUACAACUCUGAGACUGAGAAACUACGAAGUGACUUAGAACGUCUUCAACUAAGUGAAGAGGAAGCGAAAGUUGCCACUGGGCGGGUCCUUAGUCUGCAGGAGGAAAUUGCCAAGCUCCGGAAAGACCUGGAGCAAACUCGUUCAGAGAAAAAAUACAUUGAAGAACAUGCAGAUAGGUACAAACAAGAAACAGAGCAGCUGGUAUCAAAUCUGAAGGAAGAAAAUACUUUGCUGAAGCAAGAAAAAGAAUCCCUCAAUCACCGCAUUGUGGAGCAGGCUAAAGAGAUGACAGAAACUAUGGAGAAGAAGUUAGUAGAAGAAACAAAACAACUAGAACUUGACCUUAAUGAUGAAAGGCUGAGAUAUCAGAACCUUCUGAAUGAGUUCAGUCGCCUAGAAGAACGAUAUGAUGAUCUCAAGGAAGAAAUGACUCUUAUGGUGCAUGUGCCUAAGCCUGGACACAAGAGAACAGACUCCACCCACAGCAGCAACGAGUCUGAAUAUACCUUUAGCUCUGAAAUUGCAGAAAUGGAAGACAUUCCAUUGAGGACAGAGGAGCCAACUGAGAAGAAGGUGCCUCUGGACAUGUCAUUGUUCCUUAAGCUCCAGAAGCGGGUCACAGAGCUGGAGCAGGAGAAGCAGGUGAUGCAGGAUGAGCUGGACCGCAAGGAGGAGCAGGUGCUCCGCAGCAAAGCCAAGGAAGAAGAAAGACCACAAAUUAGAGGUGCGGAACUGGAAUAUGAGUCACUCAAGCGUCAAGAACUAGAAUCAGAAAACAAAAAACUGAAGAAUGAGCUAAAUGAGUUGCGCAAGGCCCUCAGUGAGAAAAGUGCCCCAGAGGUGACUGCCCCAGGUGCACCUGCCUACCGUGUCCUCAUGGAACAGCUGACCUCUGUGAGCGAGGAGCUUGAUGUUCGCAAGGAGGAAGUCCUCAUCUUAAGGUCUCAGCUGGUGAGCCAGAAAGAGGCCAUCCAACCCAAGGAUGACAAGAAUACAAUGACAGAUUCCACAAUACUUUUGGAAGAUGUACAAAAGAUGAAAGAUAAAGGUGAAAUAGCACAAGCAUACAUUGGUUUGAAAGAAACAAACAGAUCAUCUGCUCUGGAUUGCCAUGAGUUGAAUGAGGAUGGAGAGCUGUGGCUGGUUUAUGAAGGGUUAAAACAAGCCAACAGGCUCCUGGAAUCCCAGCUCCAGUCACAGAAGAGGAGCCAUGAGAAUGAGGCCGAGGCCCUCCGUGGGGAGAUCCAGAGCCUGAAGGAGGAGAACAACCGACAGCAGCAGCUGCUGGCCCAGAACCUGCAGCUGCCCCCAGAGGCCCGCAUUGAGGCCAGCCUGCAGCAUGAGAUCACCCGGCUGACCAACGAAAACUUGUAUUUUGAGGAAUUAUAUGCAGAUGACCCUAAGAAGUAUCAAUCAUAUCGGAUUUCCCUUUACAAACGGAUGAUUGAUUUGAUGGAACAACUUGAAAAACAGGAUAAGACGGUCCGUAAACUGAAAAAACAACUGAAAGUAUUUGCCAAAAAAAUUGGUGAACUAGAAGUGGGCCAGAUGGAGAACAUAUCUCCAGGACAGAUCAUUGAUGAACCCAUUCGACCAGUCAACAUUCCCAGGAAAGAAAAGGAUUUCCAAGGAAUGCUGGAAUACAAGAAGGAGGAUGAGCAAAAACUUGUUAAGAACCUGAUUCUGGAACUGAAGCCACGUGGCGUAGCAGUCAAUUUGAUUCCAGGAUUACCGGCAUAUAUCCUGUUUAUGUGUGUUCGACAUGCUGACUACCUGAAUGAUGAUCAGAAAGUAAGGUCGCUGCUAACAUCAACAAUUAACAGCAUCAAAAAAGUAUUGAAGAAAAGAGGUGAUGAUUUUGAAACCGUCUCCUUCUGGCUCUCUAACACAUGCCGAUUUUUGCACUGCUUGAAGCAGUACAGUGGAGAAGAGGGCUUUAUGAAGCACAACACAUCUCGCCAGAAUGAACACUGCCUCACCAAUUUUGACCUGGCUGAGUAUCGGCAGGUGCUGAGUGACUUGGCCAUUCAGAUCUACCAGCAGCUCGUGCGGGUGUUAGAGAACAUCCUUCAGCCAAUGAUUGUCUCAGGCAUGCUGGAACAUGAAACGAUUCAGGGCGUGUCUGGGGUGAAGCCCACAGGGCUGAGAAAGCGAACCUCCAGUAUUGCCGACGAGGGAACUUACACGCUGGACUCCAUCCUCCGGCAGCUCAACUCCUUCCACUCAGUCAUGUGCCAGCACGGCAUGGACCCUGAACUGAUCAAGCAGGUGGUCAAGCAGAUGUUCUAUAUUGUGGGGGCCAUCACCCUGAACAACCUACUCCUGCGGAAGGACAUGUGCUCCUGGAGUAAAGGCAUGCAGAUCAGGUACAAUGUCAGUCAACUGGAAGAAUGGCUGCGUGACAAGAAUCUGAUGAACAGUGGGGCUAAAGAAACCCUGGAACCUCUCAUUCAGGCUGCUCAACUUUUGCAAGUGAAAAAGAAAACAGAUGAUGAUGCAGAAGCCAUUUGUUCUAUGUGCAAUGCUUUAACUACUGCCCAGAUUGUCAAAGUAUUGAAUUUGUAUACCCCAGUUAAUGAGUUUGAAGAAAGAGUCUCUGUAUCAUUCAUUCGUACUAUACAGAUGCGUUUACGAGACAGGAAAGACUCUCCCCAGCUGCUCAUGGAUGCUAAACACAUCUUUCCUGUCACCUUUCCUUUCAACCCAUCUUCCCUUGCGCUAGAAACCAUCCAGAUUCCAGCCAGCCUCGGCCUGGGCUUCAUUUCACGGGUCUGAAAGUGAUGUCCAGGCAAACAUUGACAAUACAUUUCUUGCCUGAAAUAAGAACCCAUUAUUUCCAGUGAGCUACUGAAAAUACGUUUUUGAAGAGAAAGUACUGAUUAUCUCCCUAUGAGAAGUCAUUAACUGGAAAUCUUCCUAGAAUACUUUCAUCACCUUGGAAAAAAUGAUAGGCUCUUUCGUGCUGUGUUAUCUUCAUAGCAACGCUCAUCCUUGACCAACUAGGUACCCUGAGUUUACAUACAGGUGAAUGAUGGAAGGAAGGGAGAGAGGAAGGAAAGGAGGAGAGAAAUGUGUCUUCAGCUGGCAGCAUUUAUUUUAAAUCUUUAGCACUGCAUUUGAAUGGUAUAAAAAGCAUAACUUCUAUAGGUGAGCUGCUAGGAAGGCAUCAAAGAACCUCCUCUGCACUAAACAGGAGAAUGGAAAUAAAAGUCUCCAUUGAGUACAUAUCAUAUCAGUUUAGUAAUCAGUUAUGUUGAUACUGUCAAACUGGAUCAAAGAAAUAAACUGGCAAUAUGUAAUUGGUCAAGUAACUUCCUUAUUUGUAUCACUAUGAUAUAGAGAUAUUAAAGGAAUGUUGGUUUGCUAAAUAGCAUAGAUGUCCAUUUGUACUAUAGUUUACUGAGCAUUUUAAAUUGCUGCUAUAUACUGUCUUCUUAAAAUGUAAGUGAUAUUAGGCCCCACAACAAUAAGCUUCUCUUAUCAACUCUGUUUACAAUUCAGUCAGAUCACAGUUUUAACUGGAUUAUAUGCAAAUACCUACAGAUUCACCUGCACAAGUAGUAGACACUGGAAAGUCAUUUAGUAAUAUGACAAAAUGCUUGACAUUUAGGGGUAGGAUUAGACAAAGUGGCUAUUGUUGAUGUCAUUAUUUAUUCAGGAUGUAUUACAUUGAUGUGCUCACUAAUUUUCCUUGUGUGGAUAUUGCAUCAGGGUCCAGUGUUCUGUGAAGUGACUUAUUUUUAAUAAGUCUGAACAGAUCUGAUUCGUACAGUGCACAUUUUCAACCUUGACAGAUUUUUUCUCUUGUUAAUUUGUUAAGAAUUAAUCUCAGCUGGGCACAGUGGCUCAUGCCUUUAAUCCCAGCACAUUGGGAAGCCAAGGUGGGCGGAUCACUUGAGGUCAGGAGUUCGAGACCAGCCUGGCCAGCAUGGCGAAACCCCGUCUCUACUAAAAAUACAAAAAUUAGCCGGGCAUAGUGGCAUGUGCCUGUAAUCCCAGCUACUCGGGAGGCUGAGGCACGAGAAUCAAUUGAACCUGGGAAGCAGAGGUUGCAGUGAGAUCACACCACCACACUCCAGCUAGGGUGACAGAGCGAGACUCUGCCUCAGAAAAAGAGAAAAAAAAAAAAAAAGAGUUAAUCUCAUUAUCUAGAAAGAAUUGUCAGAAUGUUAAUGAUUCAGGUCUUGAAACUUUGAUUAUGCAAAAGAAAAUAAGGUAUAUAAUAAAUAUUACAUUAUGAUUCAGUUUUUUAAGGUUUUGCAACUUCUGUAAGUGUUCUCAGAUGCCACUAGAUACUUUUAAAAGCAUAAUAUUAGAAAUACUUUAAGAAGACUUAUAUAGGAAGUAGAAGAUUGUUGAAUUUUACAGAGGAUUUGGUUCAUUAAGACCCAGAUUCUAUAAGUUUUCAUUCUGAAAUUAUAGUAAAACUUAUUCACCAUUUUUCUUAGAAAUCUUAUACAAUAAAUCCUUCAGGUUGCACAAAAGCAAAUUAUUAGUUUUCAUUAGAAACUCUGGUUCUGAAUUACAAUCAUAGAUUAUAUAAUUUAACUGUUAGAUGGUCUAUAAAAAUGACAAAUCUAAUUAAAAUAUGUGCAAUAUUUAUAGAAGUCAAAUAGCUUCAUAUCAGUGAUAAAGAUUGUUAUUAAAAGAUAAAUACUGUCUGUUAACUUACGUGGGCCUCAGUUUUCUUGUUUAUAAAAUAAGAGAGUUGGACAUUGAUUCUUAACAUCUCUUCCACAUUUAAAAUUCUUUCUUCUCAGCCCUUAGACUCUAGAGAAAAAAACUGCAGUUACUCAGUAAGUUCAUUCUCUGGUGGAAAGACCAGUGUGUAGUGCCUGUCAAUUCCUUAGGAUUAAUCAAAUGUAAAAUCACAAGUUUGUGUAACCAUAGCCUUUCUUAAAUAUACAUGAUUCGUGGACAUGCUUUUAGAAGGUCCUACUAUAUUUGUAUUAUAAUUGGUUUAAGUAAUUUUUAUUACAUCAUGUACUGCUUUA